AUCCCGAUCAUUUUCAGUAAAAGUGUACUGGGAUGAGAGGGUACUUAUGGAGGGGAGUAACAGCGCAACCUGAACUGUGUAGUAGCGAGACUUUCUUUGCCAGACGUCUGUCGUUUUUACUGCUGUCUGUUGUUCAACACAGCCGGCCGCCAUGCCCACUGACGCACAAAGUGAUGCCCGCUCCUUCCUGACCGAGGAGAUGAUUGCAGAGUUCAAGGCCGCCUUCGACAUGUUCGACACCGACGGUGGCGGUGACAUCAGCACCAAGGAGUUGGGUACCGUGAUGAGGAUGCUGGGCCAGAACCCAUCAAGGGAGGAGUUGGAUGCCAUCAUUGAGGAGGUCGAUGAGGACGGUAGCGGCACCAUCGACUUCGAGGAGUUCUUGGUCAUGAUGGUGCAACAGUUAAAGGAGGACCAGGCUGGAAAGAGUGAAGAAGAGCUUUCAGAAUGCUUCCGUAUUUUUGACAAGAACGGAGAUGGUUUCAUUGACCGGGAGGAGUUUGGAGAAAUCCUCCAUCUCACUGGAGAACCAGUCGUAGAGGAAGAUAUUGAUGAGAUGUUUGGGGAAUCGGACUCAAACAAAGAUGGAAAGAUUGAUUUUGAUGAGUUUCUGAAGAUGAUGGAGAACGUCCAGUAAUGAGACCAGCUCUACAUUCCUUGGUCAAAAUGGAUACAAGUGAAAUACCUUAACCCACACUCCCCUCUCCCUUCUCACAUGAAACCCAGGGGCUCUGUGAGGAUAUCUAUAAAUAUCCGUUCAAACCUUUUAAGACGAAGGCGCUUCCCCUGGUCGCCUUUUUGAGCAGGACACCCAGCUGUCCCCUUGGCAGCUGCUGUUUCUCCAGAAAUGCUACACCACCUACUUUAACCCCCACCAUCCUCCUCCUCCUCCUCCUCAAGACUAAAUAUCUUCUCUACCCUGUUAUGUGCUUUCUGAAUAAAUCCACUUUCUCCUUGUU